AUGGCUUCUUUCUUCUUUGAAAACAAUUAUUCGCUCAGUCAUUUUUAUCUGCAUUCUCUAUUCUCCACAGGAGUGAACGAACUCGAGCGACAGAACAAGAUCACAAAGCAAAUUCUGGAAGCCUUUAUACAGAAGAAAUUGGGCCUGAGGAAUAACAGCUAUAGGGCUCCGUCAGUGUUCGAGAUCUUGCCAAUGCCAGCAUUAGUAACCGCGAAGAAGCCUGAGCCAGUCGAUGAUCCUGAAGAAGAAGUACAAGAUCAAGAUAAUCUAGACAGUAAAGAGAGCCAAGAAUAUAAUGACAGCGAAAGUCUGCAGAGUGUUGAGAGUGAACAGAUUAAUUCAAUAUAUAACACCGAAGGCAUGUAUCCUUUCUUAUUGUAA